UUGUGCUCGUCAAUCAUCCUGCAAAUGCCAUUCAAGGAAGCCAGCUUCAUGAGCUUGUUGCACUAUGUGGACUUGUAGGAGACGCAGCCAAUAUCUUAUGAAAGCGCCAUGUCUUUCAAGUCGUCGAAACGGAUAAUGGGGCACCCGAACAUAGUCACUGUACUAUUCAUAAUUGUGAUGGCGUCGGUCAUUUACUACUCGUCAUGGCUCUACUACAACAAACACCGCGAUGAAUCCACUGAACUACUUCCGCCCACUGUAAAGGAAGCAUUGCCACAGAAGGUUAGCCAGAAGCACGAGGCCCCAGUGACCACAACGACUGAAAGGACCACAACAACCACAACAACUACGACAACCAUUCCAGCCAAAGACAACACGUGGACGCCCUUCCACAACCGCACGAUGAACGACGGGAAAACAGACCUGCCGAGAAUCCUGUUCUGGACAAAAAUUUAUGGCUCGUGGUUUUCGGGUUUGACGGAAGAGGGAGUGGCGGAGCUCGAGUACAAGGGGUGUCCAGAUCGCUGCUUCAUUGCCAAUCACCGAAGCAUGCUGAACGUCAGCGACGCCGUUGUCUUCUAUGGCCAUGAUCUAGAUCCAGUGAAUAUGCCCGAAAUGAGGGCCCCAUUCCAAAAGUGGGUCUACUGGUCCCUAGAACCUCCGUGGCACACUCCCUUGGCCUCGCUCAAGAGCCUAAACAACACGAUCAACUGGACCAUGACUUACAGGCUCGACUCGGAUAUCUUGGACAACUACGUCAAGAUCACGAAACUGGUGCCAGCUGAACAGCCGUAUGACAAGGAUCCCCUGGAGAGCAUCUGGCAGAGAAAGUUCAAGAUGGCAGCUUGGGCAGUGAGCAGCUGCGAGACUUCCGGGAAGCGAAAACACUACGUGCGAGAGCUGCGGAAGUACAUCGACGUGGACGUGUACGGAGACUGUGGCGAAAAUAAAUGCCCUCGAGAAAUGGAGACCUCGUGCUACAAGAUGUUCGCAAGAGACUAUUUCUACUAUCUGUCCUUCGAGAACUGCAUAUGCAGGGACUAUGUGACAGAGAAGCUAUUCAAGCCACUGAUGUACGACAUUAUUCCGGUGGUGUAUGGCGGAGCGAACUAUAGUGACGCUGCGCCACCUGAAUCGUACAUCGACGCCCUAAGCUUCGAGUCACCGAGGCAAUUGGCUCUUCACCUUAAGAAAGUGGCUAGGGACUUCAACCUGUACAAGAGGCACUUCAGAUGGAAAGGCAAGUUCAAAAUUAAGCCGUUCACUUACUACAACUUCUGCGCACUGUGCCGGAAGCUGCACAGCACCGACUUCAAGAAGAGUUCUGUGAUACUAGACAUGCACCACUGGUGGAAUACGACGUCAUACUGCCGUUUCUGGAACAAAGACACGCACAAGUUCGAGUACUGAUCAUUGCUUUCGAAGAAGUCUGUGAACGUUAUUAGGAAGAAUCUAACCCCGACUCCAACAUCUAGGAAGGCGAGAAACAAGAGAUGAGAUUCCACGUGCCAGAGGCCUAUGUACCUCAAUGGUUGUUCAAUCAUUACAGACCAAGCUAGUUAAGUGACGAAAGUAUUCUUCUUAAGACUGUGAAAUCAUCUAAGUCUUCGGAGCGUGCGCACUCGAUAAGCGUGAGGUGGUGGAAACGUUACUUGCGCUGAGGAAUAUGACGUGUGAUAUGAAACAUGUCCCUUCGAUUUCUCAACAAGUUCGACGACCGACUUUUCUGUAAAUUAUAUUACGCCAUCGUCAAAGCCAAAUUUUCGCAGGAGGCUGUGAAAGUGCAACUGGACGUUUUGGCCUGUCUGACCGACCUGUCUGAACGAGUUUGAGUGGAACGCCUUCUCUUUACCUUUUGCUUUAUUCUAUCUCCUCUCUCUGUUCUCUUUCUGACCAUAUUUCCGACAAAUACUAGCUGUCGAAAAGUAUACAUAUUCUGGCACUACGGUAAAGUCUAGAGACCAUCAGCGUCAGGUGUCCCCGUUUUUAAAUUCCGGUUGCCAGGAGGAGCUCACUGCUAUGAUUGAAGGACAUUCAGUGAUUUUACGAAAGUGUUUUACUCAGACAAAGAGUAUUUGAAUGUUUUUCAUUAUUACUACGAAACACCACAUGCUUCUCUUCAGUGUAAGUCGAGACGGCAAUAGAAAAGUUUACUUGCAUUAAUUUCUACAAACUAUAACAGUUUUGUCAAUCCAACCCAACGUUUCGUCCCUUUGACAUGAGAAUCUGGUAUGAACUACUGUUUGCAGUUGAUAGAUUUUCGAAAAGCCCAUUACGUGGUUCACGUACAUACGCGUCCCUCUCCCUUUGCCAUUAUGACCUUCAUUCCUUUUUUAUCUCCUUUCUAUUUUUCCAUUUGCAGAUUCAAUAGCAGGCCAGAGUGCACAAACUGAGGCCAAAGUUUCUGUCCUUUAAUAAAUUCUCAAGAUCUAGUUAUAUCUUUCUCAUAUUUCCUAAAUGGUCUUUUGUAUAUAGAUCAAUCGAUAUACUAAUGUUGCAAUGUACGUGAGUAAUAAAUAUGAACACCGCCUUGA